AAAAAUAAAAUGCGCUCCACUGUAACCGCUCCAAAUCUCCCUCUUUCCCACAUACGUAUUGGAUUAGAGAGAGAGAGAGAGAGAGAGAGAGAGAGAGAGAGAGGGUGCGGUGGCCUCAAGCGGAUGAUGGCGUGCGAGCUCUCGAACCCUAUCAUCCUCCGCUUAGAGGUGCCGCAGAGGAGGUCGUCGUGGAGUGGGAGGCCGAGAUGUUACCCGGGCAUAUUUUGUUUGAAGAAAAAUUUCCAACCGAGGAGAAAAUUUGUGCAUCAACAUUUGCCCUAUAGGACAUCAAAUAAAGUUGUGCAAGCGGCAGUACUUCCCGUAGAACCAGUAUUGCUAGACAAUGAGGAGAAAAGAAAGGAAUUAAGUGAAAAGUAUGGGUUCGCACAAAUCGGGGAACCACUCCCAGAUGAUGUUACUUUGAAAGACAUCAUGGAUAGUCUCCCUAAAAAGGUGUUUGAAAUUGAUGACCUGAAAGCCUGGAAGUCAGUUUUGAUAUCUGUCACUUCAUAUGCGCUCGGAAUAUUCGUAAUUGCAAAAGCUCCUUGGUAUUUGCUUCCUUUGGCUUGGGCAUGGACUGGCACAGCAGCGACAGGGUUCUUUGUCAUAGGCCAUGACUGUGCUCACAAGUCCUUUUCAAGGAAUAAACUGGUGGAAGAUAUUGUUGGAACUCUUGCCUUUCUGCCGCUGAUAUAUCCUUACGAACCUUGGCGGUUUAAGCACGACAGACAUCACGCGAAAACGAAUAUGUUGUCAGAAGAUACUGCUUGGCACCCAGUUUGGAAAGAGGAAAUUGACACAUCUUCUGCUUUAAGGAAAGCAAUUAUUCUCGGUUAUGGCCCCAUCAGGCCUUGGAUGUCAAUAGCUCACUGGUUGACAUGGCACUUCGACUUGAAAAAGUUUAGACCUACCGAAGUUGGAAGAGUGAAGAUAAGCUUAGCAUGUGUAUUUGCAUUUAUGGCGAUAGGAUGGCCGUUAAUUAUUUUGAAGACAGGGAUAGUAGGAUGGUUCAAGUUUUGGUUCAUGCCGUGGAUGGUGUAUCAUUUUUGGAUGAGCACGUUUACAAUGAUUCAUCAUACUGCUCCGCAUAUACCUUUCAAAGCAUCAGAGGAGUGGAAUGCUGCUCAAGCACAACUUGGUGGCACGGUUCACUGUAACUAUCCUCGCUGGAUAGAGAUCCUUUGCCAUGAUAUCAGUGUCCACAUUCCGCACCACAUUUCUCCGAGGAUCCCGAGCUACAAUCUCCGUGCAGCUCACGAGGCACUCCUCCAAAACUGGGGCAAGUAUCUCAACGAAGCAAACUGGAAUUGGCGUCUCAUGAAGACGAUAAUGACUACGUGCCACGUAUACGAUAAGGAGAAGUAUUAUGUUUCAUUUGACGAGGUUGCGCCCGAGGAUUCCAAACCAAUCACAUUCCUAAAGAAGGCAAUGCCAGAUUAUGCAUGAUUCUCUUGAGCAGCUCUUUUUCUAUACAUCUACUACAGCAAACGGCGGCAAAUAUUCAUAUACAUGCUUCGCAGAGUGCGUAACAAAGUUCGGACACGAGUUAUUUUUUCACAGAAAUUAAUGAAACUUCAUUCUGAUGUUUUGGCUGUAUGAGCUAUAUAUGUUUAGACAUUCAAUUAUUUCUCUGUGUAAUGUUUAGUUGGCUAGGACUACUGAGCAAAAGAAACAAACAGAUGUUAAUAUAACAUCACUCUCUCUGUGUUUCCGAGAAGUUUACAUUUUCAUCUAAAUGGUGAAUUUGUUUCAAUCAUAAGUUCAUUUCUA